AUGUUGGUCAUGAUUGCUGUGAGUACGAUGGUUGCAACUUCGAGACAUCUCUACGCUUUUGGGCGAGACCGAGCCCUCUUCUACUCCUCUUCCAUUGGGGGAGUCCACCCGAAGCUGAAGGUCCCAUUGAACUCCAUUGUGAUGACCGUGAUGAUCACCAGCUUCCUUUCGCUCGUCACCUAUCCAACUGGGAGCUCACUGCACACCAUCAUGGGCCUCUCUACCGCAUGUUUCAUGGCAUCAUACAUGGUCUCACUGACCUGCCUCAUCCGAAAAAGGCUAUUGCAAGAAGACUUACCAGCCGCGCGGUGGUCGUUGGGCCGCACUGGUCUUGGAAUCAAUUGCAUCGCCCUUGUAUACGCCACCUGGGCUCUAUUCUGGUCAUUCUGGCCGACUCAGUAUGUCGUCAGCCCGAAGAACUUCAACUACGCGGGACCACUGUUCCUACUCCCUAUCUGCUGUGCUCUAGCAUUGUACACGGUCCRCAUAUUCAAGGAGUCAAGAACCAUGAAGUUUUGA